AUGGAGAAAACUAUGGCAGUGGCUGGGACAAAUGAAGAGUUAAAGGUAAGCAACAAUCUUCAUAUUCAUGAUGAUCUUGCCUUUUCGAUUCUAUCAAAAUUACCUCUCAAAUCUUUGAAGCGUUUUGGAUGCGUACGUAAAUUAUGGUCCCUAUUAUUUGAAAAUCCUCAUUUCAUGAACAUGCUCCGCAACCAUUUCUUGUCUCAUAACCAUUCUGAUUAUGGUGAUACAUUCCUCAUCCUAUAUGAAGCUGAACUGCUUUUGCCAUAUAGAUAUGUUUACCAUAGCUCAAUCUAUUUGCUCCCCGAUGAAAUAUUUGAGAAUAUGGUCAAGUUAGAUUUGCCACCUCCGUUUCAAGAGGAUGACACUGGUCUUUGUAUUUUAAAUUCCGUUAGUAUUAAUGGUAUUCUCUGUAUAGGGCAAGAUAGGAUAAGAGGAAGGGUAAAAAGUUUCCGAGCUGUAUUAUGGAACCCGGCUACCACAGAAUUCAUGGCCAUUCCUCCCAGCCCCGAUGAGUCUGUACCACCUUAUCGGGACCCUAGUUUUAGAUUUCAUGGAUUUGGUUAUGACCGUGUUAGAGAUGACUAUAAACUUAUUCGGUAUAUAAACUUUUUCCAUGUAACCGACGAAGAGGAAGAUGUGCCAUACGAAGAUAGAUCUUAUGACCCUUAG